CAUGGUAGCAUCCGGUCGUAUCUGCUCCAGUUACUUAGCUAGCGUGAAAAAAAACAUAGCUGUUUGAACACUGUUUUAUGUCUAUGGUUAGAAUUAUUUCUGUAGCUAAUUACAUUCCAGUACGGAAGGUGUUAGUAAAUACAUUGAUACAGAAAUCUAAGUGUCACAAACUAUGUCCAUCUAAUGUGUUUUUGAAAUAGACGAAGCUGCGCUGUAUAUAUUUUUUUCAUUCGCAGCUGUCAUCUUUGGGAAAAUAGCAAGGUGCAGACAUGGCCUCGGUCGUAGCGAAACGAGAAGGACCACAGUUCAUCAGUGAAGUUGCUGUAAGGGGCAAUGCAGCCGUGUUGGACUACUGCCGAACGUCGGUGUCUGCUCUGUCCGGUGCGACAGCUGGGAUUCUUGGUCUUACAGGACUGUAUGGAUUCAUCUUCUAUUUCCUCGCCUCGUUCCUGCUUUCCAUUCUUCUCAUCCUCAAGGCCGGUCGCAGGUGGAGCAAGUGCUUCAAGUCUAGGCGGCUGCUUUUCACAGGAGGUCUUGUUGGAGGACUUUUUACCUAUGUACUGUUCUGGACUUUCCUCUACGGAAUGGUGCAUGUUUACUAAUAUAGUUCACCCGAAUGAUGAGAACGAGCUCGUUUGUUUAUAGAUAUAGCCUUACUAGGUGUUUGAUAAAUUGUGUAUACACCUCUAUAAAAAGUUGAGGAAUUUCUGUCAGAAACUUUAUACACAAAUUCCAUAGUCACAUCUUUCUCUCAUGCACAGAACUGCUGCUGUAUGUUAUUGAUAAUCUCUGCUUUUUUGAAAUGUAAUAUAGCAGAAUGUACCACAUGUUCUAAUCUAGCAGCUAAUAAAAUGGUGUUAAUAAUGUUAGAUGACGAGGUAAUAAACAUAUUGACAGGUUGAAGGCUUGGGGUGAUUUGACUGAUGCUCAAGGAUUUUUAAAGUAUUGUGGAUCCUUUCAAAUAAAUAAGUCCAUACAA